AUGCACGACACACUCGACAACUACGGAGCCGGUGCUGGAGGUACACGCAACAUUUCCGGUCACAACCAGCAUGCUGUUGCCCUAGAGAAGACGGUGGCAGAUCUUCAUCGGAAGGAGGCUGCUCUUGUCUUUAGCUCUUGCUAUGUUGCGAACGACGCUACCUUGGCCACUCUCGGCAGCAAACUGCCAGACUGCGUGAUUCUGUCUGACAGCCUCAACCAUGCUUCCAUGAUCCAAGGUAUCCGCCAUUCUGGAGCCAAAAAGUACGUCUUCAAACACAACGACCUCGAGGAUUUGGAGAUGAAACUUGCCGCUUUACCACCUGGUAUCCCCAAGAUCAUUGCUUUCGAGUCCGUCUACAGCAUGUGCGGAUCCGUUGCCCCUAUUGAAGCCAUCUGUGACUUGGCCGAGAAGUACGGUGCUAUUACUUUCCUUGACGAAGUACAUGCUGUGGGCAUGUACGGACCACACGGUGCUGGUGUAGCUGAACAUCUCGACUACGAGGCUUACGCCAACCCUGAAGCAGAUAUCAGGGGCACCAUCAUGGACCGUAUCGACAUAAUUACUGGUACCCUGGGCAAGGCUUAUGGCUGCGUAGGAGGCUACAUAGCUGGAUCAGCAGACCUGGUUGACACCAUCCGCUCCCUUGCCCCUGGGUUCAUCUUCACCACCUCUCUACCCCCAGCUACAAUGGCUGGUGCGACUACCUCCAUCGAAUAUCAAUCUUCUUAUACCCGUGACCGUACCAUGCAGCAACUCCACACCAGAGCAGUCAAAUCUGCCCUAGAUGCAAAUGAUAUCCCCGUUAUUCCCAAUCCAUCUCACAUCGUCCCUAUUCUCGUUGGAGAUGCCGAAGUCGCCAAGAAGGCAUCGGACAUGCUCCUGGAAGACUACGGUGUCUACGUACAAGCAAUCAAUUACCCUACUGUCCCACGCGGGGAAGAACGUCUCCGCGUUACCCCAACACCCGGCCACACAAAGGAAUACCGCGAUCAUCUUGUUGAGGCUCUCAAGGGUGUCUGGGAACGGCUCGGCAUUCGUAAGACCAGUGACUGGAAGGCCGCCGGUGGCUUCCUUGGCGUUGGAUCUGCCCAUGAAGAGAAGAAUGUCCCUCUCUGGACAGACGAGCAACUUGGUCUCGCUGCUGGUGAGAAGUUGGAGGCUGCCAUCGAACGCGAGUUGAAGGCUGAGGCAGCACAUAGAGAACAGAUGAUCCGUGAAUUGGCCGGUGAAUGUGCAGCUGAGGCAAAGGAGUCUCAGUUCCAGCAUACCAAUCAGCCUAUUUCAGCCUCUGCUUAA